ACAAUCUUUUUUUAAGCUUUUUUUAGAUUAAUCUAUUUCAAUCUUCUCAUACAGGCAAGCUAUAGUUAUUGCAAGCUUUCUGAUAAUAUGGUAAACUCAAAGUUUUAAUCAAUUAGUUCUUGAGAAUGACCAGUGUAACUGUAAUAUCAUCACCACUAAGUUAUUCUGAAUUCUACAAAGAGUUUAUUUUAAGAAACAAGCCCUGCUUUUUUUCUAAAUUUUUCACCAAUAAUUGGAUAUGUCGGAAAAAAUGGGUUUUGGAAAAUGAUGUACCUAACAUUGAAUUUUUGAAAGAAAUAUAUGGUGACUUAACAGCACCAGUUCUUGAUUGCAACGAAGUGUAUUUUUCAUCACACAAGAAAUGUGAUAUGUUGAUUGCAGAAUAUUUUGACUACUGGAAAAAUAGGGAAAAUAAAAUAUUAUACUUAAAAGAUUGGCAUUUGCAGCGAGAUAAUCGGCAGGAGAACUUUUACAAUGUUCCAAUUUACUUCUCUUCUGAUUGGCUGAAUGAAUUUUGGGAUUCAAGGAACAUUGGUGAUGAUUACAGGUUUGUAUAUAUUGGGGUGCAGGGAAGCUGGACUCCGUUUCAUGCAGAUGUGUUUCAAUCCUACAGCUGGUCUGCAAACAUAUGUGGUUUGAAAGAAUGGUAUUUAUACCCACCUGGUGAUGAGGAAUAUCUAAGGGAUAUCCAUGGAAAUCUUCCACUUGAUAUUACGAAAACAGAUGUUGAUCCAAAAUUGUACCCAAAUUGGGACAAGGCUAAGCAAAUCAAGUUGCUUCAGCGUAGUGGGGAAAUAAUUUUUAUUCCAAGUGGCUGGCACCAUCAAGUUGUCAAUAAAUUGGAUACCAUAUCAAUCAAUCAUAACUGGGUAAAUGCAGGUUGCAUUAGAAAUAUGUAUUAUCACCUGCAUCUUGAGUUACAGUUAGUCACAAGGGAGAUCAGUGAUUGUAAACAAAUGGAUGGUUUUCAUCAGCAAUGCCAACUCAUAUUAAAUGCUAGUGCUGGAAUUGACUUUAAUGGUUUCUUCGACAUGAUUUUGUUUUUAUUGAAGCAAAGAUUAAAUGUGUUAGAAGAAAGUUAUGUCAAGAAAACAUGCCAGGAAACAUUAUUACAUUCUCUUUCCAGGCUUCGUAUUUCAUUUAAACCAAAUUUACCUUAUAUUUUAGAAGGUAUUGAUAUACAAGAAGAGAUCAAGUAUAUUAAGUUUGAUUUAUGUAAACUUAAAUCCAUCACCGACUUAAUUGUUAAUGACAGAGACUUCCAGCUGGUUAUACCAUUAGAAAAAAUGUCUAAACUUCACAAAUUACGUAGUUCAAUGGAGAUUAUUAAAACGAAAUUGUGUUAAAGAAUGGAAGUAUUAUAAUUUAAAACUAUAAUUUAAAGGCGCUGAAGCUUUAGAUAUUGAGCUGUACUUUAACCUUUAUUAACAACUCCUUAUUAAUUUUU